UCGCGGGACCACGCCUUGGGAGAAUGGGACCUCCCGUAAACGACAUCUACCUGAGCUCGCUAUUGAGGGAAUCCUUCUUAGAUUCUUUUCCUCCGCCUAGUAAUACGUAUGCUUAAAUUCAGCUGGUAAACACACCGGAUGUGGCUGAUAUCGAUACUAACUAAUUCAUAAAAUUCCGAAGUUUUUGUUGUUUUCGUAACAUAAAACGUUGGUAAGGUGAAAGGUUGUUGUCGAUACAAGAAUACGAUUUAAUGCCUUUACUUUGUUUUCUCUUCUAUCAAGAAUGAGCUAGAUAUCCUCAUUUCAAGGCGCUCGCAUGCAACCACGUAGGUCAAGCUAAACGUAUAAUUUACGUGAGUUUCAGAGUACAUGAUUAGAAUGAAGGCAUAUUAAUUUCUAUUACUAUUUUCACUGCUGCUAUGUGGAUGUUCUUGUGAUUAGUGUAGUUUGUAAGGUUGGCAGCAACGUCUGUCGACAUUUCAGAUCGCUACAGAUAAUUAUCUGUCUGAUAACCGUUGACUUCACUUCGAGUGCUGUCAUCAAAUAUGGGUGACGGUGAGAGGCAGCCUUUACUCCAAAAUGACAAUAGUACUGUAUACACCCGACUUGCGGGCGGUUUUAUCCCAGCAGGGCAGCAAGCGACAGUAUCUCCAAUUGGCCCUGAUGAAUUGCCACCACCAUACACUGCAGCAACCCAGGGUGGUGUGCCCAUGGUAACAUGCAGAGUUUGUCAGGCCAUGAUUGAUAUAUCUGGUAAACGUGACCAGCAUGUCGUUAAAUGUGGGCAGUGCAAUGAAGCCACUCCCAUACGCAAUGCUCCUCCAGGGAAAAAGUAUGUGCGGUGCCCAUGCAAUUGUUUGCUGAUUUGUAAGAGCUCGUCGCAGAGAAUUGCUUGUCCACGGCCCAAUUGCAAGCGGAUAAUAAAUCUUGCCCCAAGUCCUGUUACUCCACCUGUGCCGACACUACCUGGAAUGUGUCGUGUGGCCUGUGCACAUUGCCAUGACACAUUUUUGUUUAACACAUUGAAUAAUGCACUAGCCAGAUGUCCACACUGCAGGAAGGUUUCUUCUGUUGGACCUGAUUUUGCACGUAGCAGAGGAAUAAUGUUCAUCAUUAUUGGUGUUAUCUUCCUGGCUGUUGGAAUUGGAGUAACGGUUGGCACAUACCAAUUUGCCCGCAGAAAUGGUGGUAUCUAUGUAGCGUAUGUUGGUGCAUUCUUGUUGGCACUAUUGGCUUUUGCUCGAAGUGUCUAUUAUUGUACAAUGAAGGUGAGCCUAAUCGAGGGCCCAAUGUAAGCAGAACAGUACAGAGCAAGGUGGGCACAUUCCGAAAAAUGAUGUGGUAGAAUGGUGCAAACACGGCACAUGGUUGGCUUGGUUCUGCAGAACCAAAGCCAGAUUGCACUGAUCCAGUCUUUAGUUUCUUCUGUGUUACAAAACUACAAAUUAAUGGAUGGAUCCAGAAGAGUAAAUGUCAGCAUCUUUUUGAAAUGAAGUGGGUAUUUACACAAGUUCACGAGGUAAUUAAACCUAAUGUAUCUCUGAAAUCUUGGUUGUUUCUUUCGUGUAUUUCAAACAUUUUCUGAACAGUCAUGUUUUCAUUAGUAAAAAUUGAUACUAAAUGUUUAUUUACCAACUAUUUCCACUUUAGUGCUAAAUAUUCUGCUCAUUUGUAAUAGGAUGCUUUUAUUCAAAACAACCCAUUUCACAACUAAUAAUACUGACACAGAAAUAAGUUUCCAUGAAUUUGGUAUGUUUAAUAUAUUGUUAAAGUAAUAUACACACGGCAUAUAUUUUAGGAAUUAUUCAUACAUUAAUGGUGCCACAGAUGUCUGCUGUCUGGUAAACACAAACUUUGAUAUUUACAAAUGUUCAAUUCUUGUAUACCAUGCGGUGACACCAACUGAUGGUCAUAGUCUUCUAAGCAAACAGUGACUUGCAUAUUGCUGUAGACUGUAUCACAAACUGAUACCAUUCAUCAUACAUAAAUGAACUAUUAUCUAGAAUUGUUUUCAGUAAACAGAUGCCUUGAAAUCAGGUUUUACCAUUUGCGGAACUGUUGCUCAUUAGUAAGAAGCUUGGUGAUUGCUAAGCUGAUAUAACUUAACUAGACAGCAGUUCAGCUUGUUCACUCAGAUUUGAUUAUAUAAGAAACAAAAUUAUUAUUAACUUGCAUACCUGAAGGAUUGCAUGAGACUGAGUCAGAACUGUCUAACUGGCUUGAUAUAGAGUUAACAUGGGCCUGAAGUUAGUUGUAAUUUAAUUGAAUUUGUUAUCAGUUCAUAGUGUAGGUAUAUGUUGUAAUCUAUCAAAUUCUGAAUGAGCAUGAUAUAAUUCAGGUUUGGCAGAGAACUUGGCAGCCCUAUUCUGAAUUUAGUUUUUUAAAUGUAAAACUGAUAACAUAAUAUGGUUGUGUAAUAAUUAUGCCCUGUUCAUUUCAUAUACCUUCAGCAAUACUUUAUUUAUUAAUGCCAUUAUAAUUAUCCAAUCAAAAUUAUAGUAUACAACGUUAUGUUUCACAUCUGUGUUAGUUUUGCUGUAAAUUAGUAUUAUUUUAGCAAGAAAUAAAACAGUUAUAUUACUAGUCCCAUACUGCAUCAAUUUUUUUACUGAAAUAAGUAAGAUGACCAUUGGCAGAAGGAUGAAAUCACUUAUCACAUUCAAAAUUUCUUUGUGUACAUUUAUUUAUUCCCUGGCUUCAGUGCAAAUUGGAAUAUAUAAUCCUUUCACAAUGGACCAAUGACAUUAGUGGCUGAAUGUGAUUUAAAAAAGGUCAUGGACCAUAGGAUUAAUAUUGUCAUUCAUGACCUUGAACAGAAGCAUGUUAAGAGCAAUUGCCUACAUAAGAAAAGUUCAGACACUUGAACAGAAAAGUAAUUAAGUGGUUGGGACCUGAAAAAUUUUGCUUUUCUUGUAAUGGUGGUUGUUUUGUAACCCCCCCCCUGCUCUUCUAUUAACGUGUUCUGCACAACCAACUUUAUGCUUUUUGCUGACACUACAGGGUUUUGUGUUUCAUGUAAAAUUUCAACAAGGUAGAUGAAAGGAAAAAAUCUUACCUAGUUGAGAGCAGAAAGGUGUACCAGACACAAAAUGUGAGAACCAAAUAUUUGUGUACAUGUUUAGGAUACUAAAUGAGUCUGAUGUAGUUUUGUCCAUGAUUAUUAACUGUUAGUCUUCUGCCACACAGGCCCCCUUUCUUAUCCUCUGUCUGUUUCACAUGUACCUGCAGUCUGGUAGCAGAACCUGAAGCUCAACACUGCUAAAACGAAUUGUAACAUUGGACACAAUCCUGACUAGGUUCCAUCCAUCUACACUAUGUACCUUCCAUCCUCUUCUUGGUCUUCCAGGUUGUAAUAUUACAUGAGGUCUCCCACCAGAAUUCUUCUCAUUGUUACUUAUACAUUGCAGUGGAAAUUCUACUCCCUGAUUUGGGUGAAACACUUUUUUUUAAAACUGUGUGUUUACAUUAGGACAUUAUAAGUUGUUGAGCAAUCUGAAGCAAAAGUGUCACAAGAAUGUCUUGUUAUAAGGUUGUUUCCUUAGACAGUGGCAUAUUGAGUAACUAGUAUAUAAUUUAGAAUACUAUUUUAAUCAAAUGGCAUCAUUUUUGUUGCAUAUUAAUCUAUUGAAAAUGCUUUGCAGUUGUGUGGUCUUUACUUCGACUUUCUUUUUGAAGUAGUGUAGGAAACAGUAUUUCUAGUGGUUGAUGUAGUUCAGCCUUAUAUAAUCACUCCUUAGUUGUGAUACAUGUUUUAAAAUUUUAUCAUGCUCCUGACAAGUAAUUUUUUAAAGAUGUAGUUAAUUUAAGCUAAGAUUUUAUGAACUUCUAUUUUUUGCAGUCUGUGAAUGGUCCUCAGCAGCUUCUGAAUUAAAACUGUUAUUUAUCCUAUAGAAAUGUGUGUGUGCUUUUGCAUCCUCUUUGAUUAAAAAUUACAUUAAUAUUACUUAAAUUCUUUCCAGCUCAGAAUUUUAAUAAAUUAAUUAAUGUUAUUUGUGGUUUCCUUUUUCUGUUAUAUUCUGACAUAAAAAACAAUCAAUAAAAUCUUCUCGGGCAAUCAGUCUCAAAUCCUUUAUGAAACAAAAACACUUUGUCAUCUUUUGCCUCUUGAAACUUUAUUCAGAACUUGUCAGAAUUUUAUACUGGGUUCCUUUAAUGAAACUUAACAAUAACAUAUGAAUAUUUGUUAUAUUAUCCAAAUAAGACAUUCACUGUACUUGAAGGCCUAAAUUAACUUUUCUGAUUACCCUGUAAAACAUUAACUAAGUAGAAAUGUUCGUGAUGUUGGUGUUUAAAAUUAACUUUUUUAGACAGGAUGUUCUGGGUUUUUAAAAGCUUAUUAAAUUAUAAAAAAUUUACCUCCACACAAAUUUGUAGAACCCAGUAUUGAAACUUCAUGUUCAAACAUGUUUCAGAAAUCUCCAUUAUCACCAUAUAGUGUUGAAGGAUUACGUCAGAUAUACAAUUACUAUUGCUUGAUAUCCAUUCUUUGUCCAUUGUCUACAAUUCCGAUCAUAACACAACGUUUUGGGUAUUGUAUUUUUUUCUAUCAUCAGGUGGAAAGGUUGGUAGUACCUACCCAGUUCGGUUUGCUAGAAGGUGCUAGGUGUAGUGACGGAAGUUAGUUCUUUCUAAUGGACCCAACUGAGUACAUACUGCCCAACUUUUCAACAGAGGAUGGAAACUUCCAGUUUCCAAAAUAUUGUGUUCUUUUCAGAAUAGUAGGGGAUUGAGAAAUUUACAGGAAACCAGUGAUGGUAAUUGUAAUUAUCAUUGAACCAUAUAGAAACUGAUCAUAACCACUUUUGUUUGAAUAAUGUGCUGUUCUCUAUGCACAUAUUGUAGUAGAACUCGUACUUGUUGUAAAUUGUGAAAGUAUGCUGUACAGUUGAAAGUUCCAGGAUUAUUUUCACUUGAAGCACGAUUCUUGGGAUUUCCAAUUACUGAAAUAGUAUCUCAAAUUUACUGACCAUUUUCUUCACAGUAUGUUGUGGUCGUAACCUCCAUCUGCAUCAUUUUGUUUGGACAUUAUGGAACAUUAGGCACAUACCAAAACUUUUAAGAGAAAAAUAUUGAUGGGAGGGAGGGAAGGUAAAUGUGAUAUCAUGUGGUAUGUUUUAAAAGUACUUUAUAAGCAUUUUUCUUGCAGACAGAUGUAUUUUAAAUUGUGGAUGGGUAUGAAAAUAAAUUAAAAUUAUAUGUGCUUUAUGUAAAUCUAGGUGACAUUCUCUUGUGCAUCUUUCCAUCCUUUCGCUACUCUUCUGGAUCUUUGUUAUAUUAUGACAGUUUUUUCAGACACAUUAAGUGCAUUCAUAAGAUAUCUAUUUUAAUUAUAUGAAAAUUAUAUAUAUUUCACCUUUUAUGCAUCAUAUUUAACAGAUGAGUGAUAGAAAUGCAGUCCAUACCACUCUUGUAAUAAAUACACAGAAAUGCACUUCCGUGGUGUAAAAUGCUAUGAAUUGUGUGUUAAUUUCAACACAUUAGAUAGAAGUGGAUGAUAAUAGAAGCCAGUCAAGAAGUCGCAGGUGUUGUAAAGAUUACAUGUUGUGAUUUACAUAUAUUUGUUUCAUAAGACAAUGUAAUGUAAUUCCCUUUUAUCUAUGCUGAAGGAAAUAUGUUUUUCUGCAUUAUACAACAGAAAACAUGAGGUGUAACUACAGUUCAGGUAUUUAAUAUUUAUAGAUAUACCAAAAGAAUAUGUACACGGCAUAUACUAAGGACUGUACUAUAUAAUUAUUGUAAUUAAAUUUACCUGAAAGCUUUUCUGAAUAUCAUGCAGUGCAAGAAAUAUUAUAUUGUGUAGAGUAUUUCAUUGCAGUAUAACUUUCGGACUUUGCGGAAAGUUUAAAAAGCCAAUGAAAUAAUGAUCUUACCAGCAUUUAUCAUCAUUGGCAUGCCAGUAAAUGAAUUGCUUUUUAUAGUGAACAAAUGUAUUAUUUAGUAAAGUUGUGAUAUUUAGAAGGAUAUGCAUUGCUUUUUGUCUUACAAUUUUUAGAUAAAUAAUUUCUAAAAAUGCAAAUUUAGUAUAAAGUUUUCUGUAUGUAAGAAUUUUGUUGUGCAUUAUUAUUAUUAUUAUUAUUGUUGUUAGUGCCACUGUAUGUAUAAUAAUUUUAACUGAUUUCCAAAGGCUCAGAUGGCGACUAGCUGUAAUUAUAAUUUUAAGAAACAUGAAACAAAGGCUGAUCAUUGUGUUAGGGAGUAUUUUGUAUCAAUUACAGUUUGUGACCUUAAGUUUCUGUGUUGAAAGUUGAGUUGUGUUUUUACUUACAAAUUAAUUAGAAAUGUAAUUACCUGAAAAUUGUAAUUCCCAAGAAUUACAUGUUGGUAUGGUAUUUGCAGUUUUAUUCAGAACUCAGUUAUUGUGUUAAAGAAACUGUUUAGGAAUAUUUAUUAUGUCAACAUGGUACUUUCUGUUUUACUCUUACACCAUAUAUAGCUGAUGAAAUUAAAAUGAUAUUGAAUUUCAA